UUAACGGUCUGAAACGCAAGUGGGAAAGCGCAAAGCGCAAGUAGCUUUGUGGGCGGUUCUACGGCGCUAUCGCUAUUUUACAGGCGGAUAAAUGACACUUCCGCCGCGGCGCAAGUGUCAAAAGGGUUGGUCUGAAGCAGCCUAAUUACCCGUAGGUGUGGUUUGGGCGUAACGUGCAAUGAACCAAUCAGAGCGUUUUCUCGCAUCCCCUUUAAGAACGAUCGGCGCAUGUUCCAUGGCGGAUUGCUAUUAUGAUGGCGGGUUUGCCAGGCGCACGCAAUGAAAGGUUCACCACAGAAGAUACCGAUGUGCUUGUCAGAGCAGUCAAAGAACGCGAGUUGGCUUUAUAUGGGGAUGGGAGAAACCCACCCAAAAUUGCUUCCGUGAAAGCGGCUUGGGAGGAAAUCGCCGUAAUUGUUUCAGCAGCUGGACAAAAUAGGACAUCUCUCCAUUGCCGUAAGCGAUACAACGACGUCAGGAGAAGAGGCAAGGCCAAGCUUGCGGCCAACUUGAAAGCACGUCAAAAGACUGGAGGAGGAUCUGGCAGUUACCAGGACCUCACGCCAGCAGAGGAUAUCGCUGCGUCAACACUGACCGCUGAAAGUGUUGAGGGUUUUGGGGGCUUAGAGGUCGGCACCCAACCCGAUGCACCAGCUGUCCAACCCGAAGCUUCUCAGGAAGAAGACCCUGGCCUCGGGACCAGUGCGCACGGGGCAGCUGAGGGAGCCGCGCGGCGCCCUCAAGCAAGACGCCGUGGCAGCAGCAGCAGCAUGAGACCGCAGGACCACCCGUUCCUGCAGCUCCAGCAAACCGGGUUCGACAUGCUUAGUCAACUCCUGCUUAGUUCUUUCCUGGCUGUCAGGUGUAACGGGGAAUUUGAUGUAUUCCCCAGCAUGUUGGACUAG